AUGGAGAGUUGCUACCUGACAGACUACUUGACGGAGAGUUUCUACCUGACAGACUGCUUGUUGGAGAGUUGCUACCUGACAGACUGCUUGAUGGAGAGUUGCUCCCUGACAGACUGCUUGAUGGAGAGUUGGUACCUGACAGACUACUUGACGGAGAGUUUCUACCUGACAGACUGCUUGAUGGAGAGUUGCUCCCUGACAGACUACUUGACGGAGAGUUUCUACCUGACAGACUGCUUGAUGGAGAGUUGCUACCUGACAGACUGCUUGAUGAAGAGUUGCUCCCUGACAGACUGCUUGAUGGAGAGUUGCUCCCUGACAGACUGCUUGAUGGAGAUUUGCUCCCUGACAGACUACUUGACGGAGAGUUUCUACCUGACAAACUGCUUGAUGGAGAGUUGCUCCCUGACAGACUACCUGACGGAGAGUUUCUACCUGACAGACUGCUUGAUGGAGAGUUGCUACGUGACAGACUGCUUGAUGGAGAGUUGCUCCCUAUCCCAAAAAGGUUAA